AUGACAUCUAUAAAGCACUCAAUCCUACUGGCAGGCCUAUGGAACAUCAAAAAAGCGCAAGCUGUAUUGCCACAGACCUACUUGGCACCCAAUUCCACGCAAUCUCAUUUCGACUUCGAGUCGAUUCCAAGUUCAGAAGAUCUAGUCUGGUCCAAAUGCUUCGACAAAUUCGAUUGCGCGCGACUGAUUGUUCCUCUCGACUGGCGAAAUGCGUCGAAUCCCAACAAUAUCAGCCUUGCGCUGAUUCGCCUGCCCGCAAAAGUGCCCGAUUCUGAUCCCAGCCAUGGAGGCACAAUCAUCACGAAUCCAGGAGGGCCAGGCGGACCCGGUACGCUUUGGGCGCUGGAGAAUGCAGAAAUGCUACAGGAUCAGCUGGCUGGCACAAAACAUUAUGAAAUUCUAUCCUUUGAUCCCAGAGGUGUCUUCAGCUCGACUCCGAAUGCUUACUGCUUUGAGAAUGCGAUGCAAGCUGAGAUAUGGUAUGAUCAAAAGGCAGCCGUAGGGGGUUUGGGCUCUGGUGACUAUGCAUUGAAAUACAACUGGGCAGCCGAGAAAGCUCGUGGGGAGCUAUGUGCCAAUUCCGGAAACGGCAAAUACGAAAAUGGCGACAAUUUAAGGCAAUAUAUGUCUACGGCGUACGUGGCACGCGACCUUCUGGAGAUCGUCAACAAGAUUGACCAGCAUCAGCUCUCUGCGCUUCAUUGGUCGCCUUCAGGCAGUCACGAUGAUGGGCAGCAGACACUGGCAACGGCAACCUCUCGCUCGCAUUCAGCUGGAAAGCUUCAAUAUUUUGGGACUUCGUAUGGGACAUUUCUAGGACAAGCUUUUGCAGCCAUGUUUCCUCAACAUGUCGGUCGAAUGGUCUUGGACGCGAACAUUGAUCCCGAUAAUUGGGUAUCUCGGUAUGAAGCUGGCAUCGACGAUCAUAGCAAGAUCCGGGACUACUUCUUCGACACAUGCUUCGCCAGCCGGGCAAAAUGCGACUUCUACAGAAAAGAGGAUCACAGUCCCGAGGACGUCAGGAGACGUUUCAACGAUCUCGUAAAGUCGCUCGGUGAGUUCCCGCAGUAUGCCACUGGCAACGGUCGGGCUAUGCCCAUUACGACUGCAGAAAUCCAGGACGGAUUCUUGAUGGCUACCUAUCAGCCCUUGUUCUACUUCCAGCCUUUUGCAAAGUUCUUGAACGAUGUCCUGUCCGACGUGAAUCCAGGCAUACCAUUCUGGGAACGUGCAGUACCGACUAAGGAUACUUUCACCGACAAAUUGCUGCAACAGAAGUAUCAGGGCGGCGAAGUUGGCCCGGCAGUGCAUUGCAGCGAUGGACCUGCACUUUCAGAUGAGCCAUUAUCCGAGUUCAAAGCCUACUUGGGUAAUUUAACUGAACGAUUCGGUCUGGAAUCCGCAGGAUUACAAGCCGAGUACAAAAUCUCUUGUUGGACGUGGCCACGGUCUUUGCGAACGAAGUGGCGAUUCGCAGGACCAUUCCAAGGCGAUGCUAGGAUCCUCUUUGUCAACAACCGAUUCGAUCCUGCCACUUCCGCCAAGAACGCCGAAAAGAUGGCUGGCAGAUUCAAUGGCAGUGUCUAUCUUGAGCAGGCCGGUGCUGGACAUGGCUCGCUGUGGCCUCCAAGCGAAUGUAUGUGGAAACAUGUGAAGAAGUACGUUGAAAGCGGAGAGCUACCUGCGAAAGGCACUGUCUGCGAACCUCUCUGCCGACCAUUCGAACCAUGUCAAGGCGUCGACAACAGCAAACUACCAUAA